AUGGAUUCAUGCAGCCUCGUACACAACACGAGACACCAGGCUCAUUGCCUUGUUUCCUCAGCUGUUUCUCAGCUUGCUGCGGUAGUUUGCCCCUUACAAGACAUACACAAUCCCCCUUACGCCAAUGGAGCUAUCGAGCCUGGCGUCGAUCUGCUCAAACUCUACUGUCACCUAUCACAAUCGAUCGAACUGUGGUUGGAUCAACACCAGGGUUUAACCUUUCUUUCCGACACGCAAAUCAGGAUUGGCCCCUGGCCUAGGUAUCAAGCAAACUUUUUGCACCACGAGAUGAACUUUGUAUCCAGUCAGCAAGGCUCAUGCUAUAAUUCUCGUGCCUGCGUUAAAGCCCCAGUGCAAUUUUUUGUUAGACCGGCGCUAGAUUGUCCUUUGCUGUCGUCAUGA